CAGCCUGGCCCGGCUGCACAGCGGCCACGGCCAGCACGGCAGGGCCGUCGCCCUGAUGGCGCAGGCCGCGGAGGCGGCCGCCGGGGCCGGGAGCCGCCUGGCGCUGGACUACCUGCUGGAGCUCGCCUGGCUGCACGUGCUCGGCGGCCGGAGCCCGGCGGCCCUGGACGUCCUCGAGUGCGUGCGGGACGGGGCGGUGGCCGGCACGGAGCGGGAGGGCGUGAUGGCCAACAUGGCGGCCGUGGCGCUGACGAGGACGGGCAGGACCCGGCAGGCGGCCGAGGGCUACUACCGCGCCCUGCGGGUGGCGCGGGGCCGGGGCCGGCGGAGGAACCAGGCGGUGGCGCUGGCCAACCUGGGGGCCCUGUGCCUGCGGGCCGGCGCCGGCGGCCUGGCCCAGCACUACUGCCGGGAGGCCGUGAAGCUCUUCUCACGGCUGCCAGGCGGGGAGGGCGGCCAGGACUUCACCUGCGUGCUCCUGCGGCUGGGCCGCCUGUGCGCCCGCAGGGCCCACGCCUGGCAGGCCAAGUGCUACUACGAGUGGGCCUUUCUGGUCGCCGCGGAGAUGGACCACCUGGAAGGCCAGCUGUGUGCCGUCCAGAGGCUUUGUCACUUCUACAGCACGGUCAUGCCCAGCGAGGCCCAGUGCGUCGUCUACCACGAGUUCCAGCUGUCGCUGGCCCGCAGGGUGGCGGACAAGGUGCUGGAGGGGCAGCUCCUGGAGACCAUCAGCCGGCUCUACCUGUCCCUGGGCACCGAGCGGGCCUACAGGUCCGCCCUGGACUACACGAAGCGCAGUCUGGGCAUUUUCAUCGACCUGCAGAAGAAGGAGAAGGAGGCGCACGCGUGGCUGCAGGCGGGGAAGAUCUAUUACAUCCUCAAGCAGAACGAGCUGGUAGACGUGUACCUCCAGGUGCUGGGGCGCCCUGUCCUUCAUCCCCUCCCCCUGCGGGGCCCCCGCUGCGUGCCAGCUGCCUGUGAGGCCCCCACCAUGGACCACCACCCCUGGACCCCCACCCCUGAACCCCCAGCCCUGGAUUCCCAGCCCUGGACCCCUACCCCUGAACCCCCAACCCUGGACCCCACUCCUGGACCCCCACCCCUGAACCACCAGCCCUGGACCCCCAGCCCUGGACCGCCACCCCUGGAUCCCCCAGCCCUGGAUUCCCAGCCCUGA